GCCACUGGGCCACGCCACCGCUGCCUGCCGCGAGCCCGGAGCGGCGCCGGGGCGGCGGGCAGGGCAGCUCCGCCUGGCCCCCACCAUGAGUGCCGAGCUCAACGUCCCCGUGGACCCCUCCACCCCGGCCUGCCCUGAGCCCGGCCACAAGGGCAUGGAUUACCGCGACUGGGUCCGCCGCAGCUACCUGGAACUGGUCACCUCCAACCACCACUCAGUGCAGGCCCUGUCCUGGAGGAAGCUCUACCUGAGCAGGGCCAAGCUGAAGGCCUCCAGCAGGACCUCGGCCCUCCUCUCGGGCUUCGCCAUGGUGGCCAUGGUGGAGGUGCAGCUGGAGACGCAGUACCAGUACCCACCGCCGCUGCUCAUUGCCUUCAGCGCCUGCACCACGGUGCUGGUGGCCGUGCACCUGUUCGCCCUGCUCAUCAGCACCUGCAUCCUGCCCAACGUGGAGGCCGUGAGCAACAUCCACAACCUCAAUUCCAUCAGCGAAUCACCGCACGAGCGCAUGCACCCCUACAUUGAGCUGGCCUGGGGCUUCUCCACCGUGCUGGGCAUCCUGCUCUUCCUGGCUGAGGUGGUGUUGCUCUGCUGGAUCAAGUUCCUUCCAGUGGAUGCCAGGCGCCAGCCUGGCCCCGCGCCAGGCUCCGGGGGCCACACAGGCUGGCAGGCUGCGCUGGUGUCCACCAUCAUCAUGGUGCCCGUGGGCCUCAUCUUCGUGGUCUUCACCAUCCACUUCUACCGCUCACUGGUGCGCCACAAGACAGAGCGCCACAACCGGGAGAUCGAGGAGCUUCACAAGCUCAAGGUGCAACUGGACGGGCACGAGCGCAGCCUGCAGGUGGUGUGAGGGCCGCGAAGGCGCCUGGGAUAGCACCACCCACUGUACCAGAACGGCCGCGGCAGGGCUUCCAGAAACGCAGAUGCUCGCCAGGCUGCUGGAUGCGGCCAGGCAGGCCCCGACCAAAGUCUUACUCCUGUCUCGAUGCCAAAAUAACCCGGAAGCCUGGGCCGGCCCCUCAGAACAUGGCACUGCGGUGACGCAGGAGGCUGGGUUGCCAAGAGCUGUGGGCAGAGGAAGCCCACGUGUCCCCUCAUGGGCUCUGUGCAGCACAGUGAGCGGAGAGUCUCGGAGACCAGAACCUGUGGCCAGCAGGGCCAGGGUCKUGGGUUCAGAGGCGGACCUCAUGACCACUUGCCAGUGCAUGGCUCCCCGAGGUUGGACAGGGCUGGGCCACUGAAGGGAACAGGACUCGGCUUGGCUUGGUGCUCCCCUCCUGGCCCUGGAAGGAGUGGGGCAGCCUGGCGGGGGCGGGAAAUGGGAGCCUGGCGCAUACGUUGGCCCCACAGGUGUGGGUGCUACUGGGGUGAGGCUGCAGGGCCUACGGGAGACUUCCCAGGCUCAGGCCCCGUUCCUGGGGCAGGUCAGUGUCUGUGGGCAUCCUGCAUGAUGCCCUGCUAAGAAGCUGAGUUCACUGGAGGCUCCAAGGCGUGCCAGGCUCAGACAGUCUUUGCCAGCAGCCUGGAGCCUGGCCACACUGAUUUACUGAGGCCACCAGAAGGGGAAAAGGCCCCCACCUGUCCAGAGGCUCCACCUCUUGACCACUAGAGGCUGAGCCAGAGUGAGCCACUGCUUUGGGCUGCAUUAGCAGCAGGCUGGGCACUGCAGCCAUCCUGGCCUCCUGUGGCCUCGAAUGCUGAGAGGAGAUAGCCUGGGGUGUCAGCAGGGCCACUGAUCCUGCUGGGCCUGUAGCAACCCAGUGUGGCCUCCUUGUUAGGACACUGUGCAGCCACAGGGACGGCAAGGGCCCCAGUGUACCCCUGCUGGGCCCGCCAGGUCUUGGGGACACAGAUUCCCUCCCUGUUUACACACUGUGCAGUGUAGGGCUGGCGUCACCAAGGCAUCUGGUAGACCCUGCCCACGCUGCUGGCGUGCCCGUCAGUGCUACUGCAUGAGCUCCCGUGGCACGCACAGCACCUGAGCUGCUCUGAAACCAUGUUUACCCCCUUUCCAGCAGCAGCCUGGAGAGGGGCGCCUCGUCUCUCGUUCUGUACAUAAACGGCCACUGGCUUCGUGUUCUGUUUACCUUCCUCAACAGCUUACAGUGUGUGGGCUCUGGGCCGGGCUGUGGGUCCUGGAGGGCCUGGUGAGGUCUCUGGAAAAGAGACAUGCUAUUGAGAAUGGAAUCCUUGACACACAGUUCUGAGAUGCUGAGGGGCCGUUGGGAAUCUGCCCAGGGAGCCUGAACACAGUGUCCCCUGGGCAGAGGGUGCCUCCACCUCUCCAGGCAUCUCUGCUCCCCUGGAGCCCUGCUGAGGAGGCCCUCGUGUUUGCUCUGCUCACGGGUGUGGGCAUCACUGCAAGAUGCUGCUCACGUCCUGGCAGGGGUGAGACGGGCUGGCCCUUCUGAAUGAGCGGCUCCCAGACCUGGGAGGGACAGAGGGCUUUUCCUCUGGCUGGAGCCUUUUGAGGCUCCUGAUGCCACUUUCCAGAGCCAUCUGGUACCCCUGUCCCCAGGGCACCCAGCUCCUCAGGCUGGGCCACCUGCCCCAGUGCUGGCGGGGCAGGUGCUACCCUGGUCCACAGGUAGUCCACCAGGUACCUGUGCUGUCCUCGCGGUGCCUGUUCAGAUUUGGGGCGAACAGCCUCUGAGGGAAGAGAGAUGACCCUGCAGGAGGGGAACCUCAGGGCUGCCCUGAGCUUGUCCCAAGAUGGGGAUAACCUGCCAUUGGGAGUGGCACAGAAACCUCAGUGUGGCAGGCUGGAGGAUGGGGGGACAAUCAGGCUACAACUUCAGUUUCUGGAGGCGUAACCUGAUUUUGCAAAGCGUAGCCUCGGCCUGGUGACAGGCACUGGGGCCACCCCGGAGCCAGCACAGGCUUGCCCUGGUUUUGUUUAGCGUCCUUCCUGGUGCUGAGCUGAGAGCCCACAGGCACGCCAGGCCCUGUGCAGUGAGGGCCGCAGGCCCCUGGCCCGUGCGAGUUGCAGGGUGUUUCUGGUGUAGAAGGGCAAAGGCUGGUGUCAUUAGUAUGUUCUCCGAAGGUCUGUCGAGGACAGACUGCGUGAGCCAGGUGGGUGGAGGCUCACCGCAGCCAGCGUUGGUGCCACUGGUUACACAUGUGUGACGCUUGUGCAGAUCAUGCAAGGUGGCCUGACUCUGUCCUGUGCAUGGAUUUUUAACGUCACCCUGGAUUGGAUGGAAUAAACCAGUAAAGCUGCUCCAACCUCCCUGUGUCUUGGUGGGAUGUCCUGGUCCUUCCUGGCUGCUGUGCCAGGAACCCUCAGCCUGGCCUGGGAGUCCUGGAGCCCACCGGCCUUCUGCUGCCCCUGGCCAGGGUCCUGACAGGCUGCCCCACCGAGGGGCAUGGAAUUCCCUAUAAUAGAUAGGCAGGGUGCUGGGACAGAGGCCUGUGCCAGUAGAGCCCCAAAAGGACCCUGCAGCUCGGUGGCCUCUGCUCUUUUCUUCCCCAUGGGGCUCUUUUUCUGGAAACUGUGUAAGGAGCUGGGUAGUUGGCUGCCAAGGGAACCCUUUGGACAGUCAGCUAAAGGUCCCCAAUUCCUCCAGGAGAGGCACUACUGAAGCUCAGGUCCCUUGGGUCCCUGUGGUCCUGGGUUCAUUUAGCCCAGUGGCACUGACAGAAAGGCACCCAGAAAUUCUGUUUGGGAACAGUUAUCCCCUGGGGUAGAGGCCCCCUUCCAGGAGAGAUUCCUGUCCCUUAUUAAUGCUCCAGCCCUUCAGCCUGGAAGCUGCUGGAAGCAGGCACAGCAACCUGUGCCAGCAUGCGGAGACACUCUGGCAGCACCACAUCCUGCCAACCAGAGAGCUAGGUGGCUGAGGCCCAGAGGGUAGCCAGCAAGUGGGCCUUCCAGCGGACAAGUGAGCAUUGACAGUGAAGGCCACCAUUUCCUUCAAGGAAAAAUGUUCAGAAAGAUGGGACCCUUCCCUACCCAUGUGGCAAGCUGCCACCUGCUCUGUGGACCUCUUCUGUGGGGACCCCAGAAGGCCUGCGUAGUGGGACCACCCAACACCCAGCAGACCCAAUGAGAGACUUCUGUCCCCAGCUUGGUGUUUAUUUUGUUUUUUCUGGUGUUGGGGAUGCGUGCUGGGCACCUUCUCCACUACUGAGCUACAUCCCCAGCUGUCCUGACUCGGAGACCUCUGGAAGGAUGAGGGUUCUGGCAUCAAGGGAAGGCUGAGCGCAGAGACCCCUGCCAUGUCCAUUUAGGAUGUGCCAAGUCCUCUUUCCAGCCUGUGCUGCUCUCCACACUUGGGCUGCCAUGGGCCACCCUAGAGGCCACUUAGUUCAACACACACCAAGGCGGGGAGACCCUGGGAGGCUCAAAGUUCAGCCCGAGGCAGGACCACCAGGUCUCACCACAUAAGCUGCACCAAGCUCCCUUCAGGUCUCUGCACAGCGGCAAGCCGAGGGUGCCCGCUGAGCCACCAGGAAGGGCACUGCUGACCUCUCCUGAGGCCGUCCACAAGAGCCUUAGGACAGCACAGUCCGCAUGGCCUGUGCCUGGUCUGUAGGGAGUGUGCUGGAGGGAGCAGACCCAGGCGGCCACCCAGUGCAGAGACAAGGGACCUCAGUACCCCCAAUGGCAGCUGCUGGGGACCAGCCCUUCAGAAACGCACUGGCAGUGGUGCAUGCUGGGUGACAGGAACGGCCCAUCUUGGGAGCAGCUCCAGGGACAGACUCAACUCUGGAGGUCAUCAACAUGACUGUCACGUAAUGGGACUUUCCCAAGCAUCUCGUGCAGGACUGCAGGAAGGGUCACGUGGAGUGCACGGCAAGCACUGGGCCAGCCAGUGGGCGGGUCUCCAGGCUGCUCGGGUUUGAGCCUUUCUGUGCCUCUCCCUGUGAGGUCUCAGUGUCACAUUUCCCAAACACACACUGCCCUCCCUUACCGCCACAUCCCGUCCCAGGCAAAGGCUCUGCAGAGCCCCGACAGGAGGACAGUCACAUGCCUGCCAUCUUCUGGCUCCGUGAGUGGACAGGGGUGGCAGCCACGGGGGCCAGGAGCCAACUCCAGCUGCUGGGCACUGAGAAGCCUCCUGGGUCGCUGCAGGGUUCCCCUGGUUUGGCAGCAGCUCAGCAGCUGGACACUGCUUCAUAGACAGCACCUGCCGACUCAGCUGUUCUGGAUGACCCUGGAGGUAGUGCCGGUCCCCUUUCCUGGGAGGUGAUGCGUCCCUGUUCCUCUAAGGUGGCUCCCAUCACAUAGCCAUAAGCCAAGACGAGGGAGGGGGCUGCCAUAUGGGUGUGGGAACACCGCCACCCCCUCAGUCAUGGGUGAAUGGGGCAGCUGCCCUAGGCAGGUGGGCACCCACACAGUGCACGCCACCAAGGGCACAACCUCGAGGUAUCCCAGGGGGUGAGGGCCCCUACCUUUUAAAUCCCAAUGUGAGGAUGUGGGAGGGGGCAGGCUUUCAGAUGUCCCUGCCCAAGCCCCCACCCCAGGGGGUCAGCAUGACCCAAGCUGGGCCCAACUCAGAAGUUGCUGCCACCUUCUGAACUUCAGAUCUACCACCAGUGACUCUCCAGUCCAACAUGCCCCCAACAGAAGGGCUAGAUGGCAGGGUGUCUGGAAAAUUCAUUCAGAGGAACAGAUAAGAAAACAUUUUACACCAAACUGUUGACAAGUCAACCCAAAUGGUGGCCACAGUGCAGGCACAGGGGAGACCUCAGGCUCUGUCCCAUCAAAAGCAGCUCCCCAUAUGCUAGAGGCUGAGGUAGGAGGAUCACAUGUUCGAGGCCAAACUGGGUAACUUAGAGGUUAUCUCAAUAUUAAAAAAGGCUGUGGCUCAAUGGUAGAGUGCUUGCCUAGCACGUGCCAGGCCCUGGGUUCCAUCCCCAGUGCUACAAAGAAAACAACUAGCAGCUGGGCAGGACCUAAGGCACAUGCUGCCCAUGACAACGGGAUCAGUUCAGAU